AUGUCAUAUGCUAAAACUCAUUGGAGUCUGGGUUGUGAACCAAAAGUUUUUAAGCAUGAAGAAGGGUAUUUUGUGGUGAAGCUGAAUAAUUCAGAAGAUAAAGAUAGAAUUUUACUUUCAGGUCCUCACAUGUUUUAUAGUAAACCUCUUAUUGUGAAACCCUGGUCACCAAGCUUUAACUUUCACUCUGAAAUUUUGAAAGUUAUCCCCAUCUGGGUCAAAUUUCCCAGUUUGCCAUUACACUACUGGAGUGAUGACUCUCUUAGUAGGAUUGAAAGCUUGUUAGGAAUCCCUAUUUAUGCUGAUGAGUGUACCUCUAAGGCUCUAAGGGUUUGUUUUGCUCGGGUGUUGAUUGAAAUGGAUAUAACUAAGGAGAUUCCUAAGGAGAUUCAGAUAGUGGAACCAAAUGGUGUGACCUUUGCCCAGAAAGUUACAUAUGACUGGUUGCCAUCCUUUUGCACUAAAUGCUCCAUGAUUGAACAUAAUUGUGAUAGCUUAAAGGCUAACCCUAAGUCACAGGCUAAAGUAAUUAAGAAAUGGGUUCCUAAAGCUCUUCCUACAAUAGAGAGAACUGAGCAGGUAUCUGCUGAAGUGGUCACUGGUAAACCUCCUACUGGUGAUCCUGUGGUACUAGUAGAUGCUGGGCUAACUGGUGAUCCUAAUACUACAGUAGAUCUAAGUAUGGUGGUGACCCCAGUGAAUUCACCUAAUGUUUCAGCUCUACAGGAAGACCAGAUUGAUGAUAAUCAGGGAAAAUGGGAAGUUGUCACCAGAAAAUCCAAAGAUAAAAGCAAGCAGCUAGCUUUUCAAUCUGUCAAGACUGUUAGUUUUCACCAUAGUUGGCCAAGCUCAGGUAUACCUGGGGAUGCUAAGGGACCAAACCCUUAUUUGUAUUGA